CCCUCCCACCAUAGCUUUGGCUUAGACCAUUAGCUUCCGUUAGCUCCUCACCCAAUUCUUCCCAUUCCAUCUCUCUGUAUUCUUCCCUUCCUGCCCUUCUCCGCACCAGACGAGAACACAAGAAGCAAGAAGCAAGAAGCAAGAAGACCCAAGAAGAGGAAAAGAGUCGGGACUGACGCCAAUGUACCGACCCGCAUUGAUGCACUCGAGCGCGACGCACCACUACUACCACCACCGGUGGCGAGACUCCCGGGCCUGCCUCCUCGCCCCUCUCACUCUCUGGCUAUGUGUUACGGUGAGCUUACGGUACGGGUACUAUGGGGAUUCCAGGAUCGUGCUCGGUCCAAACUCGUCGAGGCUCUUCAAGGCGAGCUCGGUGUUCGUGGAUCGGGUCGAGGUCGUGGAUGAUGAUAAGAGAGGUGUCGUCCUCUAUAGGUUUCCCGAUAAGCCGCAGCUGAGCUUGGAGACGAACUGGACCAUGUCGAAUUAUUUGAUCGUUGGUUCGUACAAUCGCAAGGGAUUUACUCUGUGGCUGAAUAAGGGGUCGAGGGUUCGGGUUCGAUGGGAAGCUCAGACAAGCCACUUCAAUCGACUAGAAAUUGUUAUGGUCAAAGGAGAGAAAAGAUAUGAGACAGUGGUGCCGAGUUUUACAAGUUCCACUGAUUUUCUGACCAUCAAGGAACCGAUUAAUGGCAAAGAGGCUGAAUACACCAUCGAGGAAGAUGACAAGUACUAUGUUAGCAUCGUGAACGCGAACCCCAGGAGCAUAAUAAUGACGAUGAAGGUUAAUGUUUCAUCGAAGAUGUACGACCUGACAAAAGCCAAGAGCUCAUGUUCAACAUUGAAUGGUUCUUGCCGCCUCGAGCUUCUCUUCCCUAAAACUCACUACAUAGUACUAACCACCCCGAACUAUUCCAAUGCACCACAGAGUGACUCUGGGGACUGGUAUGUAGAGGUCUCCUUCGUGGCACGCGUUGUAACUUACAUUGCAAUUCUAGGUUUUAUUGUAAUUUUCAUAUUUCUCGUACUGAAAUACCUUGGAGUUUGCGAUGGUGAGACCGAGACUCAUGCUGUAGAAGAUCCCCUGCCACCACCUGUUCGAGAGGUAACCGAGACAGCUCCUAUGAUUCCGCAGAAGCAAGGGAGACUCACAUAUGGAACGAAUGAAGAGGAGGAUGACGAGGGCGGAUCAAGCAGCUCUUCGGAGGACUUAUACGAUGCAAAAUUAUGUGUAAUCUGUUAUGAUGAGCAGAGGAAUUGCUUCUUCGUUCCAUGUGGGCAUUGCGCCACUUGUUAUGAUUGUGCUCAGAGGAUCAUGGAGGAAGAAAGCAAGGUAUGCCCGAUAUGUCGAAGGCCUAUUCAUAAGGCACGGAGAUUGUUUCGGCCUUAGGAUAUGGGGACUAAGAGAUUUGUGCAUUUCAUGUAAUUAUUUAUGUACGAGGAGAAAAUUUUAGUCGUCUUAGGAAGAGUGAGGGUCAUUUUGAAUUGUUUUUUUUUGGGGCACCUUGGGUCCUCUGUGACUAUCCUGAUUCAAUUCUUCCGUUGGCCUAUCAAUUUAUUCAGACUGACUUAGCCGGAAAUUUUUGUUCCAUGAGGGGGUUUGGUUUAUUGUAGUCACAAGUUAAUUUCCGUGACUCUGUCCAAGGAAAGGAUAGCUGCAAAUGUGGGAUGGUCGUUUGUUGCACAAAUGUGCC